GCCGCUUCCUGCCGCUAUAAAUAGCGCCCGGCCCAACAUGUCCCGGCCGCCGCAGCGGCUGCAGCGCCGGCGGGACCCGCCGUGCCCUCCCGCCGCCUCGCCCGCACGGAGCGCGGAUUGUGCAACCUGGGAAAUGUUACUGCAAUUUAAUUAACUUCAGAAAGUGUAUUCUGGACUGAAUUGACCAGACCUCCUAUUCUAUGCAAGCAUCUCCUGCUGGUGACCAGGUUUCUUAGCAAGAGCAGACAGAGCUCAGCCUUCCACCAUGCCUGUGCCUCCCCCUCCAGCUCCCCCUCCACCCCCAACACUGGCCUUGGCGAAUACUGAAAAGCCAUCCCUAAGCAGGUCAGAACAAGCAGGGCGAAAUGCUCUAUUAUCUGAUAUUACCAAAGGAAAAAAGCUCAAGAAGACUGUUACUAAUGACAGAAGUGCUCCAAUUCUAGACAAACCCAAAGGAUCUGGUGGAGGUGGCUUUGGAGGAGGUGGCAGUGGCGGGGGUUUUGGUGGUGGCGGUGGUGGCGGCUUCACUGGCGGUGGACCACCUGGCCUUGGAGGCCUUUUUCAAGCAGGAAUGCCGAAGCUCAGAUGUACUGCAAAUCGAGAUGCUGGUAAGAAAGACCUUAAAUUUUCAGGACCGCUGCCCCCGCCGCCCGGCGAGAGGCCGCCGCCGCCCGUCAGAGACCCGCCCGGCCGCUCAGGCCCGCUCCCACCACCUCCUCCCAUCAGCAGGAACGGAAGCACCUCGAGGGCUUUGCCCACUACUCCCCAGCUGCCUUCCCGGGCAGGGCUGGACAGCCAGAGAGGUGGACCGCGACCUCCGCUUCCCCCCGACCGGCCGGGCUCGGCAGCGCCACCGCCACCACCGCCACCUUCAGCGGCUGUCAGAAACGGCUUCCAGGAUCCAGGUGAUGAUGAAUGGGAAAGCAGAUUUUCUUUUCAUCCAAUAUCUGAUUUGCCACCUCCAGAGCCGUAUGUACCCAUGAACAGAAGUUAUCCAAGUAAACUAGCAAGAAAUGACAGUAGAGGUGGGUCUGUCCGAAAAGAAAGAGGUGCCCCCCCACUCCCACCUAUACCAAGGUGAAAUGGGUUCUGGCCCAUCUUUGGGUGACGUCUGUUUGCAAGUUUCCUUCAAGUCAGCUCUCCUGUCCACAUGACUGGAAAGUUGUCUGUCUUGAUUGAUUUCCACUCUUGGCUUGUCAGCUGGAACAAACUUCAGUCUCUAUUACAGAAGUAAUAGAUACGGCUUAUGGACUAUAGUUGCUCAAAGCUAUGAAUUUUAUUCGCUUAAACUGCAGGCAUUUUGUGGACCCUACAGACCUUAUGUGCAUCAUGCUUACUGUGUCCAACCCCACUCCCUGGAGAGCUCUGUGGGAGAUCUGGCUUUGAAUUUGAUAGAGCUUGAACAAAGUUGUUUCAUUCACUUUGGGUACAGUAGCCAUAUUAUUUUAAUGAUGAAGUAUUUGGUGUUUAAAAAACCAGUUGCUGGGUAAAAAAGUGUAGCCAAGAGUCCCCUGGAUCCUUCUUUGCAUGCUUACUCAGCCUAUCUGCUUCUGCAAGCCAUAGACCUACUACAUGGUGACAAAGAGUUCAUCUUUAACUUUUUUACUUCAACUUAGUCAAGCAAACCUUAAACAAUGCACAGCACAUCCUGCCUCAAGGAUGGAGUGUCUCUGGCCCUUUUUUUUCCUACAGAUAUCUUCCAAAGAAAAGCACAAGGGAAGAAUUCAUCAGCAUAAGAAUAUAUAUUUUUUUAACCCUCUUUCCUAUUUUUUUAAUAGUGUUACAUGUUGUGUGACCUAAUUCUUUCCUACUCUUAUGUGGACCAACCCACAUCAUGUCAUCCGUGCCCUGGAUUACUGUAAUGCCCUCUGCCUGAUACUGCAUGCGAAGAGUCCUCAGAAAGUAGUCUGAGUGCAAACCCAGCAAUUAUUAUAGUUGCAGGCUCCUCCUGUAAAGCAUCACUAAUGCCAGUGCUCCACAGACUGCUUUCCAGUUGUUUCUUUGGUACAAUUAAAUGAUGGGGUUUGACUUAAGAAGCUUCUUGGCACUUAGGUCACAAGUCUCAGAGAGCUUGGUUGACUUCCAUUAUGGCAGAGAAGCCAAGGUCAAAAAUGUUCCUCAGUGAAAGCCCUUUGAUGGUGUGAGGGGGGUCCAGGGUUUGUACAUUGAACUGGGAGCAUCAAAAAUUUUCCAUCUGCGGUGGUUCAAGAAAAAUGGGCAGAUUUGGUUUUCUGAGUUGGUCAUGAAGCCUGUCCUUUCAAACUUUGCUGGAAGGAGUCUCAACAGAAAGUGGCAAGGCUUACAUUGAUAGAAGAAAGUAAAGUAUUUUAACGUUGUGGUUAAUAUGUUUAAUAGCUUUUGAAUUUUGUGUGUGAGAAAAAAUCUCAUAGUAUGAGUGAAUUUUACAAGUGGAUCUAAGUGUGUAUAAAAUGCCUUUGGAAAUUAGAGGAAGAUUGUCAUUUUGGAUUUGAAAUACUGGUGAAUGAUAGCUCUUUGUUAAUCGGGCCUCUGAAGUUUAGCUCUGAAAAAUGUCCCCUCGGUCUCAUCAGCAGUAGAUUUCUUCAGUGUGUUCCUUGGGAUCCUUACCAAGCCUGUGUCAGCAGCCGUGCUUCACAGGAUGUUGCUCAAAAAAAUCCAAAAUAAAACAUAGAAACUAGUCAUGUAGGUUAAGAAAAUGUUUCUCUAGCAUGGGAGACAUGAUCCUAAGUAUACUCUGCGGCUAGAAUGAGGUCAGUUCUUGAAAAUCUAGGGAAUUUAGCCAAAGAGUCUGGACCCUGCUGAAAUGUCUGUGCAUAGGGCUUUUUUGCUCUGUCCGUGAGCGGGGAGGGGCAGAUCCGCUUUCUGCCUGGCAGCCUGGACAUCACAUUGCAGGGGAUGAGACUAGAGUUGGAUUUGGCCAGAUCAAAUUUAAUUUGGUCUUUUCAGUGUUUGUUUACAAAAUCUUGUUAGCUGUGAUAGCAUUUGAUUAUGUACCUGUUUUUACAUUUUUUGUAUCUAAUGACUUAACUUACUGUUUAUGGUCUUGAACCUGCAAUUAAAUGCGCAGGCGCAGGGAUGUAUCUACAUCCAGUUGCAGGAUCCUGGCUGUAAGAGUUUCUUAAACAGAUACUGGUGGGACCUCCACGUAACAGGUGCACCUUGGGAUCAAACCUGGCACAAUGCUGAAUUUGUAUAUGUAUUUUAUGGAUGCCACUUAAAGUGCCUGUCUCUUUGGGAUAUUAUUUUGUGAAUAAAAGUCCAAAUAAGAUUUUUAGGAUAAUAACUUAAAGGAUAAAUUAUUCUAUUCGUAUUUUAAAACUGAAGCACUUAAUACCUUUCUAAGGAACAAUAUUUUGAAUUUAAGAAUACAAUAUUUUCAGUACCUUAACCUGCCAAAUCCUUGUUAAUAUCCAAAUAGCUAUGCAGCCAAAAAAACCCCAAGCCUUCAGAAAUAUCUUUUUUAUAACUUACCUGCUUCCAACAUGACUGUUUUCCAUUUGCUAAGUCAAUGAAAAUGUUGCCCAGUGUUCUGCCAGUUCUCUGUAUCAUUCAAAUUGUCUUAUAUUUGAUCAUUUCAGCAACGUUUGCUGACCAGAAAUCUAGACCACUACCAAAGAUUUGGAAAACCAGCUUCAGUUUCACUUUAAAAUGGGCCGUGUAAAAGGCCUCCAGUUAACAAGCCAAGAAUCCUGAGCUGCUUAUGUUUUAGCAAUUUUUUUCACUCUAGAAACGUCUUCAGAAUAGAUGUUUGGCAUACAUGUAAAACAGCUUAAUCCUGCAGAAAGGGGCAUUUUUGUUCACAUAACAACAGCAUUUCCAUUUAUAUGUGUUGCUGUAGAAGUCCCUAGAUAUAUUCCAGAACAAUGCAGCAUUUUAUCAUUCAAUAUAUUGCUUCAUGUAGCAGUAGCUAUUUACAAUAUGAUCAGUAUUAUAGUAUUUAUUUCACUAUGAAGUGUUAAAAAAGAAUAAUACAAAACAUGUUGAAUCAAUGGUGCCUUA